AUGGGUAAUGGGAAUAGUAAAGUGGUAAAAAUAUUUUUACUUAUACAAAAUGAAAGGGAUUUUAAAACAAAAGAAGAAAAAGAGAUUUAUUUACAGAUGUUAUUAACAUUAGAUAAUGAUGAUAUUUUUAAGAAUGAUGGUAAUUUUUAUGUAAUAAAAAAUAUUAUAGACGAUGAAGCAAAUAUUUCCGUUUUGUUUAAAUUUGUAAUGAAUACUUUGAGGAAGCUUAUUCAUAAUGAAACAGGAGAGAUAUUUGUACAGGAAUGUAAAAUAUGCGUAAAAAUAUUUCGAAACAUAUUUCCUAUAAUUCAGUACAAUUAUAAAAAGUUGAAUUUUUUUAGUUUGCUAUGGAAAGAAGAUAAUAUUCCAUGUUUUAUUUUACAGAAUUAUAAAUGUAAAAAUAUAUUAAUACUACAUAUUUUUAAUUUCUUGUUAAUUUUAUUGUUUACAGAAAAUAUAUGUAUAAAUAAAAAAGAGAAUGUCAACGAAAAAAUAAAUGAAAAGUACCUUGAUAAUAAUAAUAAUAAUAUUACAUAUAUAAGACCACUGGUAAAAAAUUAUGUAGAUAUUUACAAAUUGUGGUCGAGUAAAAUGAUAUAUAGUUGUUUAUAUAACAAAUGUUGUGUUAAUAAUAAUGAGAUUGUGAAUAUGUGCUUUAAAAAUAUUAUGAAAAAUGAAAAAUAUAGACAUAGCCUUUUCCAAAAAGAAUAUAACGAUGAUAUUACAAAUAAGGACAAGCUUAUAAAAACAUUUUAUUCAUCUGAUUAUUAUCAUAAAAAUAAAAUAUAUCAUAAUUCAAAUGUAGAUAAGUAUGAAUUUAUUAAUGAUGUAAAAAGAGUUUCCUACAAUUGUAAUGAUAAAAAUCAUUUUAAUAAUAUUAAUAAUGAUCACCUUAAUAAUGUAAAUAAAGAUACUGCUGCAUCAUCAUCAUCUCAAAUUACCAUUAAUAAUCCUCAUAUAAAUAACAAUAAUAAUAAUAAUAAUAAUAAUAAUAAUGAUGUAAUAAAUCUUGAAUAUAUUAAAAAUAGAACGGACAUAUUAAAAUGCCUAUUAAUAUUAUUAAGUUCAUAUAUGUAUUAUAAUAAUGAGAACUUUUUGAAAGAAAAAAAUUUUCCUUUAUUUCUGUUUACUAGCGGAGAGGUAUAUUUUAGCGCCAAUUUUUUCUUAUCAUUAUUGACCAUAAUAUAUGAAAAUGAAUUUAAUUAUUUCAAUUUUUAUUUUUAUAAUGAUACAUAUUUAGAAUUUUAUAAUUUAUGUAUUCAUAUAUUAAAUAUAUUGAUUGAUUUUGUGCCGCUGGUUUUAAAAAAAAAUAAAAAAAAAAGGAUUCACUAUAUGAAUGGUGCCCUCAAAUAUUUUCGUAAGUGCAAGGAGACAAUAAAUAAUGAUGACAAGAUAAAUGAUAAUGAAAAAAAAAAUAAUGACAAGAUGAAUGAUAAUGAAAAAAAAAAUGAUGACAAGAUAAAUGAUAAUGAAAAAAAAAAUGAUGACAAGAUAAAUGAUAAUGAUAAUUAUAAUUAUAAUAAUAUCAAUAAUUCGUGUUUUAAAUCUUCUAAACAAAAUUACCAUAUUAAUAUAAAAAAUAAAGAAGAAAAAAAUGUUAAGAUAGAAAGAGAUAUUAAUAUGGAUGAUACAAAUUAUUCAAGUUCAUGUUCAUCGGAUGACUCCAUUAUUUAUAAUGAUUUUUCUAAUGAUUCAUGUUCUUCUAGUAGUAGUAAAAACAGCGACCAAAGUUCUUAUAAUAAUUAUAUAGAAAAUAAAAGAUCAAUAAAUGCAAAAUACAAAUAUGAGAAUGAUAUAUAUUAUUCGAAUGUUAACAAUGUUUUAAAAAAUAAAAGAUUAUUUUUUAAUUUAAAAAAAGGUAGUAGUAAUUAUUAUAUUUAUUUAAAAAAGAAAAGGGAUGUAGAAACGUAUUGUAGAAAUAAUGUAUUUUUACAAAUGUUACGUGGAUUAGAUAGGAAUACUAUUAAAUAUAUAUAUAGAGGUUCUUUAAAUAUGCUGAUAAGUUAUCAAUUAUAUUAUGAAAAUUAUAAUGAAAGUUUGUUAUUCUUAGAUAACUAUUUGUGUUUAUUGUGGAAUAUAAUGAAUAAUAAUAAACAGUUUAUAAAGUAUAUGGAAAAAUGUAGCACCGUCGGGGGCAUCAACGAAAAUAAAAAUAAAAUAAAAAAAUAUGAUAAUUAUAAUGAUAAUAAUAAUAAUAAUAAUAUGGAAUAUAAUAACAUUUAUAACAAUACUCAUAAUAAUUAUAGAAAUGACUUCUCCACAAGCAGUAGCAACCUUUUCGUUUUCUACAUUCUCUAUAUCCUACUAUCAUUUAAUAGUGAAAGAAAAAAAGAAAAGCAAGAAUUAGUAACGAUCAAAAAACAACAAAUUAAUAAGGAACAUAGCCAUAUAAAUAACAAAAUUACAAAAGACAGCGUAUUUUAUAAUAACGAAGAGUUUUGUAAAACUAUUUCGCAUGAAGAUUAUAAUAUUCGUAAAGUUGAUGGUAUUAUUUAUAUAUGUUUAUUUAUUAUAUUAAAAUUGUCUUCUAAUAAAAAUAUUUGUAAGAAUUUAAAUGAAAAAUAUGAUAAAAAAAAAAAAAUCAAAUAUAAUAAUAUUUUAAAAAAUUCUUAUGAAUUUGAUAAUUAUAUAGAUUUUGUAGUAUGUGCUUUAAAUACGUUAAUAAAUGACAACAUUUUUUUUUUAAAAUUUGAAAGAAUAAUUGAUAUGUCUAUUACUAUCCUUACUAAUAUAAGUGUAUAUAUAAAAUCAAUGAAUACAUAUUCAUGUGAAUGUAUUAUAAAUAUAUUAAAUAAAGUUUUAAAAAAAGAAUGGUUACUAUCUUCACAGAAUCAUUAUUAUUCUUUAUUCCUUUUAUUAGACUUUAUAAAUAAUAUAUUAUCACAUAAUUUAAUUGAUAAUUAUAAUUUGGUAUAUAUGAUUAUAAAAAAUAAGCAUGUGUUCUUUAAAAUACAUAAUUUGAAUCACAUAUUGAAGAGUAAUUAUUUUGUAGGUUCAUCAACUAAAGAUUAUUGGAUACCCACAGAAAGUUGGCUAGUCAGUUGGAUGAAUAAAUUGCCGCUACAUUUUAUUAACAAAAUAAUUUAUGACUUAGCCAAUAUGAUUGAAGUUGAAUGCGACGAAAAAGAAAUUUUAGAUUACAAUGAAGUGGUAGAUUUGAUAAAAAGCCACUGUAGUAAGAUAGAGAAUAAGCAAAUACCUUAUAUAAUAAGGAAAUAUGAAAAAAAUAUAUUAUUAUCAAAAUGGUUAACAAAUUAUAUUUAUUUUUUAAUAUUCCUUCAUAUGUACAAGAAAAAUCUUUUUAUAAAUAAUGGUCUUACUUUUAUAUUUUAA